GCAAUGCAAACAGCAUGAAUUACUUUGGUAGAUUUCUAUCCAAUUUUAAAGACUUUUACAAAGAGAUUAAUGCUGCUACUUUGACCGGUGCAAUAGAUGUUGUUGUGGUUGAACAAGAAGAUGGAUCCUACUUAUGUUCCCCUUUCCAUGUCAGAUUUGGAAAAAUGGGAGUCCUACGGAGUAGAGAGAAAGUUGUUGACAUAGAAAUAAAUGGACAGCCUGUUAAGUUACAUAUGAAGUUAGGAGAAAAUGGUGAAGCUUUCUUUGUGGAGCCAACGAUUGGCGAGGUUCCUGAAUAUUUGGCCACUUCUCCCAUUCAAUCAUAUGCCGAUCUUAUGGAAGCUGGCUUGAAAAAACUCAAAGAAGAAGCUGAAAAACAAAGUGCUUCGGACAGUGAACAAACACUAGACAUCACUGAAGUUGUGGAAGCAUUAAAAGAACCAUCAGAAACCUUAGAAAAUAAUAAAGAGGAACCCACUAAUAUUGUUGAAAUGACUAUCGACACUGGGGAUGGCACAACAAGAACUUCACAUGUGGAUAUCAGCACUAGGGGUAGUGUGUCAAACUUAUCGGAGAUAGAAAAUAGUAUAGCAUGUAAGCCUUCAUCACAUAAAACUGAAGAAAAUACUAUCUUCAUCGAAGAUGAGACUAAAAGCAGUAAGAAAACCAAAGUAAGAAGGAAGAGAAGAAAGAGUGGGAAAGGAAAGGAAAAUCGACCCAUACCUUUUGAACGAUGUGAUAGUCAGUCCAGUGUGUCGGAUAUUACAGGUAGAAGUGAGCUAUCAGAGGAAGACAUAUUUGAUCUUGAAAUCACAUCAGACGAAGAAGAGGACGCUAUAAAAAUGAAACCAUUGACGUCAAUGCAAAGUACAAAUGUAGUAGAACUUGGUGAAACCAUACACUCUGAUGAGGAGGACAAAUUAAAGCAAUUAGCAUCAUACCAUCCGUACAUUCCAGAUUUUCAUCCAUUCUCAGAUGGUGAUAUUACACCACAUAUGAGCCCUAUAAUGAGUCCGAGACCAGGCACACCUAAAAGUGACACAGAAGCAGAACUACAUCGUCUUGAUUCCAGUCUUCACCAAGAAGAUGAAGUCAAAUGGAACUGGGGAGAACUGCCAGAGCAUGUGAAACUGACAAAACAACAUUCCAAUGAAAAAAAUGAAGCUGACAAAGCAGAUGAAGCAACAGAAGGAGACAAAUCCACAACAACAGAAAGUCCUGAGGAAAUAGAAGCCAAACAGAAUAAAUCCAUGCUGGGUUCUAUGUUUCAGUUUAUGAGAAGGACAAAAAAAAUUAGACAUAGUCAGAGUAUAGAAGGUGGUAUCUACCUAGAAGACAUCAAUGAUGAAUUAGAUCCAGAAGUCGCUGCCUUGUAUUUCCCUAAAACGUCUCUACGAGUUGACAACCAGAUACGACCAAUCAAAGAUGGAGAUAAUGAUGAUGAAGACAUAAAAGAUGAAAAUAUUAAAGAUGAAGAGCAUGAUUCAGACAGACAGACAUCAGUACAGUCUCCUAACUCUAUCGAUGGUGGUGCAAGUAGUAUUGAUAGUGGACUGGAAACACAAACUACGUUUGAAGAUUCUAGCCUGUUAACUGCAUCCUUAUUACCAAGGGGUAAUAGUAGCACUAUAGCUUCAUGUACUAUUGAGGAACCAGGUGAACUACUAGAUGAUUUAUCAAUUUCUCUCUGUGGUGGACUUUCAGAAACAGAAGAGCCUGAAUUAGAGAAAUUUGAACAGUGCCUUGUUCACUUUGAUGACUUCUGUAAGAAUCCUGUUUUACUAUCUGAUCCUAAUCUGGUGCUACGACUUGGUGGUAAAUAUUACAAUUGGCAAACAGCUGGUCCUUUAAUUAUGUCAAUAUUGGUAUUCCAGAAACCAUUACCUGAGGAAUCUGUUGAGAAGAUUUCUAAAGAGAGUUCAAAGAAAGAAGGUCGAAGAUUAACUUCCUGGUUUUCUUGGAGACGAUCUAAUAAAGAUAUGGAUGAGAAAGGCAUAGAUAAAGCACUGAGUGAUACAAGUCAACCCAUUACACCCCCACCAUCACCUAAAAAGCAGUCAAGGAGAAAGAAUGACAGUUCAUCCAGUGAGGAUGAUGUACCUCGACGAAUGAAGAAGUCAAUGUCAUCUCACAAUAUUAGUGGUGAAUCUGAACACCAGAUCUCUAAAGAAAUGUACAGAAAAUCAAUCAGACUUUCUACUGAACAGAUUGCAAGCUUGAAUUUAAAGCCAGGAGCAAAUGAAGUUGUCUAUUCUGUAACAACACAGUAUCAGGGUACAAGUCGAUGCAAGUCCACUAUCUAUUUAUGGAAACAUGAUGAUAAAGUUAUUAUAUCUGACAUUGAUGGCACUAUUACUAAAUCUGAUGUUUUUGGUCAAAUUUUACCGGUGUUUGGCAAGGAUUGGACUCAGUCAGGUGUUGCUAAUUUAUACACUUGUAUUCAGAAGAAUGGCUAUCAAUUCCUGUAUUUGUCAGCAAGAGCAAUUGGUCAGUCAUCGAUUACAAAGGGAUAUUUGAAAAGUGUGAAACAAGAGAAACUGGAGUUGCCUGAUGGUCCGUUACUACUGUCGCCAACAUCACUUAUAACAGCUUUUCACAGGGAGGUUAUAGAGAAGAAACCUGAGGAGUUUAAAAUCAGCUGUCUGCGAGACAUACAAGCAUUAUUUCCAAGUAAAAAUCCAUUCUGCGCCGGAUUUGGAAACAAAAUAAAUGAUGUGUGGGCAUACCGUGCUGUCGGUGUACCAAUCUCAAGAAUAUUCACUAUUAACCCAAAAGGUGAAUUGAAAUAUGAAUUAACACAGUUCUUCCAGUCAACGUAUGAUAAACUGAGUGAUUUGUCGGAUCAUCUGUUUCCUCCAUUGCACCGCCAGGCAUCGUUUGAGUUUGACGCACCUGGAGAAUUCAGUAGCUUUACAUACUGGCGACAUCCACUGUGUGAAUUAGAUAAUAAUACAGUCUUGGAGGAAGAAGAAAAACCAAUGAAAGCUUCUAAGAAGUAAAACUUAGUUAGUAUUCAGUGUAAUAGUCUUAAAUUCUCACUAUUAAUUGUCAGUAGCUGAUUAAAUAGUUGAAAAAAUAUGUGAAACAAAAUGCAUUUUCUGAAUGUGUUUGACUUCUCUGAAACAUCUUUUAAUUCAAUGUGAACUAUUGAUCUAAAGUGGAACACCUACCGGGUACUUCAAAAGUAGAAAGUAUCACGUUUUUACAAGUCGAUUUAUAAUCUAACAUGUUGGUAUAGGACAUGUCUGUAUUAAAAUUUAUUAAAGUUUAUUUUCUCAAAAAGCAGCCAUUGUUCUAUUUAAUUGAUGACCAUGCCAUCCAACCAAGUUGACUUUAAAAUAGCUUUCAAAAAGUAAAAAAACAAAGGCUUUAUCAAAUAUAUAUAUUUUCAUGUCAACAAACAGUUUUUUUCAGAGUGGUUAUUCUGUUGGACAUCCAGGUAUUUUUUUUUUAUUUUGACUCCUUUCAUUUGUUGCUAGUGACACAGGUGUAGAUGAUUUGAAAUAUUACAUCUCCAAGCUGUUAUUAUAGACCAUACAAUUUUAUCAUAAAUAUUGCAAGCAAACGGUACUUUCCAUAUGAAGUGUAUAAAGUUAGUUAGUGGGUAUAAAUAAUAUAACAUGUGUGACGUUUCUUAUUAUCUGAACAUUUGGGUGAACGUAAAAACUAUAACUUUAUUCCUUAUCUCUU